AACGCAUUCAUCGCAUCGGCAUGAGUCAAUGCCGGUCUUUUAUCCUUGUAAAUGAUUAUGAAUCGAGAUAUGCGAAACGGGAUGGAAGAGUAUGGACUGUAGCAUUUUUGAAAUUCUACUGCUGAGAUGGGGCGUUUCGAUGGGCAUGAGCCAUCAAAGGCUUGCGUUUCUUUGCGACAAAUGAAGUAUAAAGCAUUCAACAUCAACCUUCGACAUCACAACUUUACCAGCAGCGGCCAGCUUCAGCAGACAAACACAGCUCGAACAUCCAGUCAACAAACAAGCACUCAACACAACACACCCUCUUCACUCUCACCAACUACAACAAUGGCCACCGUCACAGCUAUCGGCAUCGGCAACAUGGGCUCCGCCCUAGCCCGCACCCUCCUCAAGGGCCCGUCGGCCCCUCAGCUCACCAUCUGGAACCGUACGGCCGACCGCCCCCUCGUCAAGUCCCUUGUCAGCGAGGGCGCGCACUUCGAGCCGUCCAUCACGUCGGCCAUCGCCCGCAGCGACAUCCUCCUCAUCUGCCUCUUCGACUAUCCAACCAUCUACUCAGCCUUCUCCCCGUUGGCAGACGCUUCCUCCUCCCAGCCCCUGACCGGCAAGACCGUCAUCAAUGUGACCAACGGCACGCCGCGCCAGGCGCGCGCCAUGGAAUCCCACCUCAAGUCCCUCGGCGCAUCCGCCUACUUCGACGGCGGCAUCAUGGUUACCCCGCAGCUCGUCGGCACGCCCGCGGCGUUCGUCGUGCUCAGCGGCGAGACGGAGCAGGCCUACACGGCACUCGCGGCGGCCCUGCUCAAGCCCAUCGGCAUGGUGCAGUACGUCGCCGAGGACCCAGGCGCGGCGUCGCUCUACGACGUCGCUGCGCUCGCGGGCAUGUACGGCAUGUUUAUUGGAUCGAUGACGGGUAUGGCGCUGCUCAAGAAGCAGAAGCUGCGCAAAAAGGCUGGUCAGGAGGAUAAGGAGGCGGGCAAGGUGCUGGUGAAGCCCGCGACGGACGGGGUCAUGGUGCCCCUGCUGAAUGCGCUGGUUCCGUACGUGUCGCUGAUUGCGGACAACAUUGACAAGGAGGCGUGGAUGGAUGAUAUGGGGAAUCCGUUGGCGAUGCAGAUGGCGGGUGUCAGGAAUAUUGUGCAGGCCUGCGAGGAGGAGGGCGUGGAUGGGAAUGGACUGAAGUACUUGCUGGAGUUGAUGGAGCGCGCGGUGAAGGAUGGGUUCGGAGGUGGUGGUGUGCCGGCUGUUGGCAAGUAUCUGUUGGAGUGAAGGUAAAAUCCUGACAAGGCGGGAAGUGAGACGGAUGGUUGGGAUUUGUAGUUGGGGCUCGCUUUCUGACUCUGAGACUGGAGGGGCCCAAUGUCCCAUCGGGAAGUCGUGUACGGUACUUCGUCGUUCUCAUCGUAGCAGCUCAUCAAAAGAUUCGCUCGAGUCUCGAGUUCCAAGUCCUUUGGCAACCGCAGC